AGCGAUUACUCAAGUGACACCGAAAGCGAAGACAAUUUCCUGAUGAUGCCACCAAGAGAUCAUCUUGGCCUCACUGUGUUCUCCAUGCUCUGCUGCUUCUGGCCAUUGGGAAUUGCUGCCUUUUACCUGUCUCAUGAGACAAACAAAGCAGUAGCCAAGGGGGACUUCCACCAUGCAAGCUCCAGCUCCCGGCGAGCACUCUUCCUGGCUGUCCUGUCCAUCACAAUCGGAACUGGCAUCUACGUUGGGGUGGCCGUGGCUCUUAUUGCCUAUCUGUCCAAAAACAAUCACUUAUGAGCCUCAGGAAAAGGGGGAGAACCAGCCACCCGGUGCCUGCACUGCAGAACUCCCCAGCAGAUCAGACUGCAUGAUUUUCCAAAAAGAUCAAGAGACAAACACCUUCUGGGGGCAGGUACAGGAUAAGAUGGGCUUGUGCAUUAUUAUAGGGUGUGAAGCUGGCUGGGGUGGGGAUAGUUCCAUCAUUUGUGAUGCACAAGUCUUGCUUCUCUUCAUGAACCCCCGUACAAGCAAGAAAGAAG